GUGGCAGAGGCGGAGCCAGAGGCAGAGACUGAGUUUGAGGGAGAGCAUCUUGCUCAUGUUUCAGCCUUUCCCAGUGUAGUGGCUGAAUUUCCUGAAUUUUCGCGUCCGUUUUUGUUUGGUUGUUCUUCGGCUGAUCAUUUUCUUGAGCCUAAUGAUGAAUUCUUAUGUGAGGAUAUCGAGCGCUUUUCUGAAGCUUCUGUUAAACUUUUCGACGUCGAGCGGAUUCUUCCCAACUCAGGGUCCUGUGUUUCUGAUUUGCAUCUGCCUUGUGAAUCUCAGUCUGUUGGUGUUGCUGAUCUCUGCUAUGAGAUUCCAGACGCUGUCCGCAACUGUGACGUUCAAUCUGGCUUAGUUCAUCAGAACUGGCCAGCCAAUGAAACGUCAUUCUAUUUGCCCUCACUGAUACCGCCUGAGCAGCAUGUUCCAUGUUCAUCCACUCUCUGCCUUGAAUGCUCUAAAGUCAAGGAUACACACAUUCCUGGUUCCUCCGCAUUAUCCGAUGAGUCAAGGUGUAUACACACAGGUGUUAUUUCUGAGGAUGUCUCAGAGGUCGCGAAGCUUCCAGUCGCGUCUGGCCCACUGGGCCCGUUACACUUACCAUUGAGCAGCUCUGUCACUCACAGGUUAUCCAACGUUCAUCUUCCCCAUUUCACGGAUAAUGAACUAGACAAAUUCUCUCGCACUCGUGCGAGUUCCUCCCAGGAAUUACCCUCUCGUCACACUGGUGUUUGUAGCUUAAAAACACGAUCAGAAAACCUCUCAGACAGUCGUAUUCACUUAGGUUUGACUGGAUACAAGAGACCAGCAAGUGAUAUUGUGAAGCCCAUCCCGGCCAUAAACGAAGUGGUCCCAACGCACAGGCAUCAUUCCAGUAUAACGGCCAAUGUGUAUGCGUCUAAAAGCGAAUCGCCAGAUCAGGAAGGAAAGUGUGUUGCCGAAAUUGAAUUCAAACAUUACACAUCCUUGGAAGAAGUAAAUGUAAAAGCACUCCCUGCAUUACUACCUGUUCAGCUUGGCCUUUCAAAUUCUGGGCAACCACAGUUACUAGCGAACAGCACGCUCCCAGGACUACCGGAUACAGCCACUGGUAUUUUAUCUACAGUGGAAUUCACUCAGUACGGUGCCGAUGCUUCAGAAAAAAGCCUGGAUCAAAAGAUUACGGACAGUUCACUGUCAAGUUGCUCACCCGCACUACAGUUGCCUGGUUUUCCCCAACUCCAUUUAUCUGAUCAAGAAACACACAUUCCAGAACCCCAGAUACAAGAGCUUGGGAGAGAAACAAUCGCUUACCAGUCGAUAGCACCUCACGGAUUAGGCUUUAUGAAAUCAGGUAUUGUCACACAUUUUGACAAAGCAAUAGACAGAUCGGUACUCACCUAUGGAGGAGACUCGGACCAGCAAGGCAAUAGUGUCGGACUCAAAAUGCUUCCAAACAAUGAGGAUUUGCAACAGUUAGCAGCAGCUGCAGGCGUAAAUUUGGUUGCGGAAUUCGCAGAAAACGACAAUGAUGACGAUGAUGAUGCACAAGAACACAGUGUUUAUCAAAGAAAUAUACAUGAACAUAUGAAUUCCUCCUCAGACAAAAUUUCUGCAAACGAUAACAACUUUAAGUCGGAUGACUUUUCAACUCAUGUGUCUACCAACCAAGUGGUAACUUCCGCUCUGGACCGUUCGAUGAAGGUUCUCACACGAUUACAGACCUAUGGUUUCCGGAACACACAAGCGGAAGUAUCGGUGGCACAUAACAUACUUGCUCGCGGUUCGGCAUCAGACUCAGAGGAUAUUCUACCGCUUAGCCUCACGGACGAUUUGACACAUGCUGACCGGUUUAUUCAGCGAGAAAAUCUUGAAACUCAGGAAAAAUUCGUUGAGCAGUUAGUCCAUGAGGCCGAUUCACUGGAAGGCGGAGAUAGUGACGAGGACGAAGUCAUUGAUUUUGAUUGCGACAGCUUGGAUGAUGGCAUUGCUCCUUCUAAUUCUUCUCCCGACGCUGAAGAGGAUAUGCUUUUCAAGGAAACGCAGUCCGCGAGAAGCGGACUGUCCCCCAUCCUCGAAAUUCCGGGAGCGGAAAGAAAUAGUUCUGGGGAAGCGUCCGGUGAUAGUAAUUCCAGUUUGCAGCUUCUGAACAUCAACAGCGACAAAGAUUGGGAACAGCGUUUUGAAGCGACUUUGUCAGAUUUACCUUCGACAGCAUUGGAUGUUAUCCAGAGAGAACCGUUUAACGAAGUUCAACUAGGAUCUGCAACUCCUAGAGACAGACACCGAGUUGCUUGCAACAUUGAUAGCACCGAACUCUUAUCAAUGCCGACAACUGACAUCUCACAUGAAGUUACCGGAAGUAAGCCAGGUCGUGACUCACAUCAACCACAGUCAGAACUACCGGUGCAAAAAAGCGGUUCAAAUCUCGGUGAAAGUUAUAAGAUACACACGGAUACCAGAACAACUGAGCCAUCUCAACGAAUCUCGGAAUUUGGGGGAAUGAAAUUCGAUCCGGAUAAAUUUCCCUCAGCUUUGCUUCCACAAGACCUAGACACUGAGACGCUGGAGAACUUACCAAGCUUACUGAAUGCUACCUCACUGCCAAUUUUAGGCGGAGAUGUGACCAAUGAAGGUACCAACUGCAAGCUUGUCUUGAAGAGGAAAAUAUCCGAACAAACUGAUGUGUCAGAAGAAAAAGUUGCAGCUCCAAUCUCUGUAAAGAAAGUCUGUGACGAAGACAAUUCCGCUGCGUCUCUAAAUCUGCCCUCUACUGACACCACACGUUUCGAGCAGGAACAGAAACACAAAGACCACGCAAGUAGCAACACAAGUAGUUCCUUGUCUGAAUUUGAGCGUCUAGAACAAGCUAUGGCAAGGAGUUCUUCAACGUCUAUGGGAAGCGUGCCACAUGGUAGCAGCAGUAAUAUGAGUUCAAAUCGCUCAUCACUUUCGGAAUUCCUCAAAAAUGAAAGAGAAUGUGCGAAGUCCAGUGAAAGCCUGCAGUCAACUGCACACAAGUGUGCCCAUGCUACUCCAGGGGAAAACAAUAAUUUCGAUGCAUGGAAAGUAACCAGGUCGUCAAUCUCGACAAUAUAUGAGGACCUAAAAGGUGAGCACCCGAUGUCCUCAUUGACGCAAAGCACAGAAUCUUCGACCGUAAUCAUUGCGACCGAUCCAGUAUUAUGCGAGAAGUUUCAUACGUCAAAGUUACACCCUCCGACAGAACCAAACCUAGACGAAGAUUCCCAGUGCCCCAAAGAAACAACUGGCUGUCCGGAUUUUGAAGGACUCAUUGAAAUGAGCGAUGAACAUGAGCUAGCCGAAGUAGACUCCCUUACCCACUCGUGUAUGUAUGAUUCGCUGGCACCGUCCGUGUAUGACACUACAGAAAACGAAGGACCAGUGAUAUUAACCCACGAGUGGGCUUCCAGCUGUAUACAGAGCGCAUACGAUAUACUUCGUUCUCGAAUGGAGCGAGAAUGUGACUCGCUAGAUUCCAGUGGCCACGCGCAAUUUAGUGGAACCACGGACUCCCUGUACACAAACACAUCCUCAAUUUGCUCCGGAAAUGCAAUGUCUGGUGACGCCGUCCCUUCUGACACAUCUGAAGAUGGAUACAGCGAAUUUCUGCCGUUACAAGUAUAUCCGCCAUCUCUCCAGCUCCAACAGCCCCUGCAGUAUAGUGCUGAUUUCCCUCAGUCAGACAUUUCAGCCACCCAGGUUUCCGAAGUUGGACAGAUCUCUCAUCUCAUACCAGAUCCAUCAAGACGCGUGGAACGGACAGGAAGCUCAGGUUCGUUGACUAAGAGCCACCAUUUUCAGUUCCAUGAAGACGAUGCAUUGACAGAUUCCUUGGAAGACAGUGGGGCAGUUUCUGAUUUCAAACCUCAAAAAACCCAUCCAUAUGGGAAACCAAUAACGUCUUACUGUACCCGUCCUGGUCAACCGGUGGCCAGUGACGAUGACCAAAUGUCACUUAUUUUAGAUCCCGGGACAAUCCACCAUACUCUGGUGAUUGCCGAACUAGCUCCACAAAUUGAAAUUGAUGCAAUAUCAAAACAGCGUCGCUUUAUCAGCAGCUUUACAAAGGAAGAUACGCUUUUUAGCGUAUUAUCAGAAAAACGAUCAGUGGAAACAAUUUCUUCACAAGAGCUUAAUGAGCUCAAAGCCCAACCACCUGAAACCGUUGAAAUUUUACCCAGCAACGAACUGGAACUGAAUCCACCUGGAGAAUUAACUAGAAGAGAGAGGAAAUCAACAAAUCUACUGUGAAUUCAUCUACUUGGAAAAUGAAGUUGUUGAUUAUGCAAUGAUCCCAGAUCAUAUGUCUUAUUUCUUUUGAACUCGGCAAAGCAAUCGCGCGCAACAUACAGAAAAGCUAGCAUGCACACCAACCACUAUUGUUCAAGCAGCUAAGACUAACUCCAAACUUGUGCACCUAAAGUUGACUCAAACCCACGCAAGCCAUACCAGCCUUGAGCAGAGAGAACCCAUAUUUUCUGCAGUCUUUCUUAAAAGCACCUUCAGUCAAUCGUGUUCCAAGUCUUUUGUAUACCAUUCGGAAAAUGUGAAGUAAUAACUUCAAACCGAGGUUGAUGAAGCCCACAGCUUGUCUGGCGAAUAUUUUUUUACAUCCUCUCAUUCGACCAUAAGGCCAACGUGUCGCUGCGUCAAACUUUGGAAACUGAUAACCGAUUUGUUUGACUGAAAGUGUCGACGACAGCAUUCAUCACCCGGCCUGUAUUCCCCCAACAACAGACAACUGAUACGAGAUUGAGGUAUCCCAAGUCACCUUCCCCCUAACACCAUGCAUUCAACCAAAAUAUGUCCACGAAUCAAAGCGAUGCCGUCAGUUCAGGUACUUGGCAUCCACAGAAACUGUGAUUUAAAACCCGGCCCAGCGGACAUUCUCAACCUACCAUCGGCGCUUUUAUCAAUUCCCAAACUAUUUUUCUCUUCUCCUACGACCGAAACUCAAAGCUACUGCCUAUUUUUUCGUUAGUCGUUCUCGGUUUCUUCUUUCUACCUUCACUCUCCAGUGUCCGACCGAGAAAGACAGGAUCAGCCAUUAGGAAUCUUUCGCUUUGACAUUCGGAUCAAAUGCUUUCGUUUUCCUAGAUUUUAAACAAGGCCAUCAUCGCUGGUCAUUCUUUCCUCAAAAGACACUUUCUGCACAGUUUUUUUCUGUUUCGCAUGCAGUGUUGUGAGGAAAAGAAACCGAGUUUGUUCAGCUACUAACCAACUGUAGUGUGCUUACUUAUGAAUACGGUCACUUCAUAAUCUGAGUUUCAUUGUGCAACGGACGCUCACCGAACAUUGGUCAGAUCUUUCACUGUGUCCCCGUUAUCGCUGUCUAGGACUGAAACCAUAGAUAUUUUCUUCUAAACGCAUUUGCGAAAUCUCAGUCACCAAAACCAUUUUGAGAAUACACCGCUAGUUUUUUGGUUUUAUCUAGAUACUUUUCAUUGUUUUCACGAUUUUGCCGACAGAAUGCCUCCAUAAAGACAAAAAGAAGCAAUUAUGUUUCCCUCUGAUUUUCAUUCACACACCAGUGCCAUUGUCCUCACAUGCUGAUAACCAGUCUCUAAGCCUGGUUUGUUUGCGAAGCAAACAAAAAAUUGCCUUUUUGAG